UUUUUCGACACACAAUCCGUUAUCAGCGAGCUCCAUUUAGAUAUUGGUGAAGGAUCUAGUUACAUAAACAUGAAAUACGUGUCAAUCAGUUUACUUCUUGCUGCAGUUGUGGUGUUCUCUUGCAUACUGACAGCCCAAGCUCUGGAAUGUUACUCAUGUUCGGCACCACUUAACCAGAACAGUACCUGUGUAGUUGGAAAUUUGACGGAUGCUCUGUUACAUAAGUGCGAUAAUGGAACAAACGCUUGUAUGGUUUAUGAUACAGGCAAUUCAAUCGUCAGACAAUGUGCUCCUAGAAACCAAACUUGUACUCAGUAUAAUGCUACUUCACAUAUGGUUAGGCACUGCCGAACUUGUUCCACAGACAAAUGCAAUGGAGGUACUCUAAAUGGUGCAUACAUCAACACCGCAUCUUAUAGCGUACCCCUUGUUGCUUUGGCCUUCAGUGCUGUCAUCUCGAAACUGUAUUAAUUUAUUAUUCGUAGACAUGUAAUAAACCGUUUUACGUUUGUAUUAACUUUUAUUACCCGUAACACCCCAAG